CAAGAGUUCAAUGCAGAGUUUUCUUACCGAGAAACUCGCCGUAAAUUCAUCAUUUUAUAAGACCUCAUUCGCUAUUUCGCGAGCUCCAAAGCUAGAAAAGUUUCUUUAGCAUUAUUUGAAUUGAUCACUUUUAUUUUUAGUGUAUUUUUGAGUUAUUACUUGUCGUCUUUUUGGAGACUGUCAAAAUGGAUGAAAUUCUGAGUGAUAUGAACUUUGAUGAGGGUAUCGCAAUGCCAGUAGCAAAUGCCGAAAACAAGCAGCUAGAAUCCGAGGUUGAUGGUGUCCAAAAAAAUAUAGAGGUUCUCAAAGACCAAGUUGAUGAACACAAAGACAGAAUUUAUGCUAUGAGUGAACAUUUCAAGAAUGUUCAACAAGAACUUCAACAUACACAAGAUAUAUUGAAUGCAAGGAAAAAGGAAAUUGAUACAGAAAAGCACUUUCGACAAGUUGCUGAAAGAGAGGAAGGCAGACUGAAAAAUGAAAUUAAACGCUUAUCAAAUGAAAUCAAUGAACUCAAAGAAAGGAGAAAUAUUUAUGAGAAUAAUAUCUUCAAAACUACACAAAAAUUGGAAGAUCUWAAAUCACAAAUGAAUUGGGACCAAAAAGCACUGGAAGCUUGGCUAGAGGAGUCUGCUCGUAAAGAUGAAGAUUCGUUGACAUUACAAAAAUACACUCGUUCUGAUGAGGGUAAAAUAAAGGAGCUAUCAUUGAGAAUGGAAAAAAUGACAGAUGAUGCUGCCAAGAAAAGGAAAGCUUUAGAACAUGAGCUAACACAAACAAUGACUGCACAGAUUGAACUUGACAAGACUGCAGAAGAAUUCCGCACGGCUCACUCUGARAGACAAGAGCUUCUGAAACAAUGGGAGAAUACUAUUGAACAAAUGCAGAAAAGAGACAGGGAAAUGGACUCUCUUGCUGUAAAACUUGCRGAAGUGAAACUAGAAGUCCGAGACAAAGAACAGCAAAUACUUGAAAAACAGAAAUUCCUGGAAAAUGAGCUAGACAACAACCAAGAAAAAGAGAAAAAAGUYGGUGCUGCAGAAAGGUUUGCAGCAAAGCUGAGYCUUGAAUAUCAAGAUGCUGAGAAYAACAGAAUUCAAUUUCAAGAUGAGUUGAACUCUUUAAAGUACACUGUGGAUAGAACAGCUAAAGAUUUGGAAGCUACAAGACAGAAGGGAGCAUUGCUCAAAAAGGAAGCUCUUASCAGACUUGAAAGAUUAGAAAAGGCACAAAAAGAUCGCAAUGAURUAAUGGAACAACUAAAAAUUGCCUCCGAUGAAACAUUGUCUGCRGAAGAACGAGCUCAAAUGAUGGAUGCUUUACUCAAAGAAGAAGAGGCCAAAAUCCACUCAGUUGAACAGCUACUCAGCAGGCUACGGGAAACACAGUUUAAGAAGACAGAGGAAUUACAUGGCUGUAAAGUCUCAGAGAAAAACACAAGUGCAGAAAUACAGGGAUCAAGAGCAGCUAGUCGCAACCUUAGCAGUAAACUUCACAAGCUAGACGAAGAAUCCCUUAAACAGCAAGAAAUUAUCUAUAUGCAGGACUUCCAAUUACAACAGCUUGAACGUAGAAUCAACCGUCUUCAAGGAGAGCGAAGCAAUGAGGAAAAACUUCACCUUGAAGCCAAAGUACAAGAGCUGACCAAUCAGUUAGACGAACACAACAACACUCACUCUAUKCUUAGUGCUCAGAUGAAGAAUCUUAACGAUGAUUUACGGCGUGCUAACAGGGAUCUAAACAAGGGUAAAGAGGAACUUGGAACAUUGACUACAAAGAUAGACGAAUUAAAUCUUCAUAAUGACAGUGCAGAGCGAGAACGAAGAAAAAUUAUUGGAGCAAAACAGGACCUAAUGGUCGACGAGAAUAUUUUAAAACUGGAAAUUAAACGGUUAAGGACAACAUUGAGCAAGAAGGCUGAUACAGUUUUAAGUCUUGAAGCCCGAAAACUCCAACUAGAGACUUCGAUGAAAGAACGACGGCAUGAGAUAAACAUCCACAAAGACAUGUUACAAGCCCAAAUCAAGGGAGCAGAYGAGGAYCGCCAAACUGUUAGCGCUGAGCUUCAGGAGAGAAUUUCCAAGAUCGAAAAACUUCGCAAACGAUAUGAAAUACUUAUGGUUUCCAUGGCACCUCCAGAGGGUGAAGAGGAGAGGUCGCAAGCCUAUUACGUCAUUAAAGCAGCGCAAGAAAAAGAAGAACUACAACGAGCCGGAGACGAUCUUGAUGCGAAGAUACGAAAAGCAGAAAAAGAAAUAAGAGCGCUCGAGAACACARUGAGACUUAUGAACAGUCGAAARGAAACAUAUCGAAAGAGUUUCAACAAAGUCAACGAAACGAGCGAAGAGUUUGAACAAAAGCAACAACUUGAAGAACAAAUGCGCGCUGUCAUGGAUAAAUACAAAUACAAACGCCGACAAAUACGCGAAUUGCAAGAAGACUUAGGUGCUAUGCAGACUACCCUAGACAAGCUGCAAAGUGACGAACAAGGAUUUGUCGAGGUAAUAGAUGAAAAACAAGCCAAAGUCACAAACCUUCAGAAAGAGCUCGAUGACCAAAAGUCUAAGAAAGACCGAGCAGGGCGUCAAGUYUCGAAGAUGGCUCGUGAUAUUCGAAGCGCCAAYAAGAGUCGCGGUGAAUUACACGAGGAGAAAGACAUGGAUGUACGUCAGUUAAGAGAGUUUAACACACGUGUGAUCAAACAGAUGGGUGAAGUGRUACAUAGCAACUCUGAUUUAACACCGAGUGUACACAUGUACUUUAGUCAGGCRGGGUUACCUAUGCCGCCAUCACCAGGACCCGAUACUUCAAGGACGUCAUCGAGAAGUUCACGUUCGUCUGGCUCGCUUUCUUCAGCAAGAUCUGACAUGUCAACUGGAAGUCGACGAGGAGUUGGUACUGUAAAUAUCGGUGGUUUAGCAAUCACUGGUUCUGCUAGUCCRAAACCAGGAGUUUCACCGACGAGUAGUGCACGUGGCAAAAAGCCCGGCAGACCCGACUCGGCGGGAUCCCGCGGAUCAUCCCGUGUUGGAAGUUCUUCAAGUCGGAGAAGCGGCGACAAUCGUUGAGACUAGCAAUAAUGAUGCUAUAAUUACCUUAAUACGUAUUUAUUUUGUGUAGAAUAACGAGUGAAUGACCCGUCAAAUACUGUAAAUAAAACCAGCAUUUUGAUUAAGUUUUUGUGAUUAUUCAGUAAUUUUUAAAAAGUGUAAAAGAAAAUGGAGUAGUUAACUUGACAAUAAUGUAUUUGAA